AAGAUGUUAAAGAUGUUAAUCCUUAACUUGAUACUUAAUAAUCUAUUGAAAUCUAAAAAUAAAGUCUAAGAGAGAGAAUUAUUCCCUACUUCAACCAGUGUUAAAUAAAUUUGGAUUAUAAAUGCAGCUUCUUUUCCGUCAACACAACAGAGUGGCUGUCUCUGAAAUGACGACGUGUUUUACAGUUCUCCUUAAAUUAUUAUCAUUCUGAGGUUUGUGUGUUUCGUUAGUAAUUUGUUCACAACUCCUUCGAGACAUAUUCGUCGCCGUAGAUCCAUGAGUGUACCUGACAGUGUGGAACCUUAACAGUGCGGCCAGAGCAGAUCCAGAUUGAGGAUGAUGGUCGCAUUGAGUCUGGCAAAGCGCAGGACGCCUGUUUCCUGCUGUAAUUGGGUCCUGAACUGCAGCCCGUGCGAGGCUGUCCUGGAGACCCCGCGCUGCCUGCACCUCUAUCGUCUCGGUUGUCAUGGAUGAUGAAGACGGCAGGUGCCUUCUCGAUGUAAUUUGUGACCCAGAAGCUCUAAAUGACUUUCUUCAUGGCUCUGAAACCCAUGGCCAUGUAUCGGAAGUUCAGCCCACAGUGCAGCUCUCGGCAAAUGAGCCGCCCGGCCUACCCAGAGUCAGCGUUGACUUGGACUUCUUGGAGGAUGAUGACAUUCUGGGAGGAUCUCCAGGCGGUGAAAGUGGAAGCAAUGGUAUUGGGACAAAUCAUGAACCCUGUGACAUCCUCCAGCAGAGCUUGGCUGAAGCAAAUAUCACAGAGCAAAGCCUACAAGAGGCAGAGGCAGAGCUGGACCUGGGGUCCUUUGGUAUACCAGGACUCACGCAAGUGGUUCAGACACUGCCUGAUGCCAGCCUCACUGGUGCAGGGGGCACUGUUGGUGUAGGCAUUGGCGUUGGAGGGGCAGGAACUAUUUUCACUGGAGGUCCAAGUUCUACUGCAACUCCCCCCAAUGCAGCAGCUGAUAUGCUGGGCUCAGUGCUUGCCCAACAGGGCCUUCAGCUUCAGUCCCAGGUCAUGAACAAGGCCAUAAGUGUUCAGCCUUUCAUGCAGCCUGUAGGCCUUGGAAAUGUGACCCUUCAGCCCAUUUCGAGUCUCCAUACACUUCCCAAUGGCAGUCAGUCUGGACUAGGAAUAGGACAAAUUCAAGUUGUAGGUCAACCCACGGUUAUGACUAUCAAUCAGUCUGGACAGCCAAUUCUAGCAAAAGCCAUGGGUGGUUAUCAGCUUCACCAGUCUGGACCUGAAAUUUCAGGAGCUGGCUCUCAAGCUGGCCUUGGAAGCUCAGGAAGUGGACUUCUGAUCCAAGGUAACAAAGCCACUUUAGGAACCCCAGCUUUAAAUGGACCUACAGUUUGUGUCAGCAGCACCAACAGUAGCAGCAGCGGCAGUACAGUAACUGCCCCUGCUGGGAUUGUUGGCUUUGGAAACUCCCCUCUAGCUUCAGGAAUUACACCCCAGCCACAAACUCAAGGUCAAAUCAUGCAGAACGUUAUCAUCCAACGUACACCAACACCCAUUCAGCCUAAACCACCUCAGGGUGGUGCCAUCCAACCAAAACUUUACAAACAGCAACAGCCACAGGCCACGCCUCAGCCCCAUCAAAAUGAUGCUCACAAGGGUCUAGGGCUACAACAGAUUCCAGUCUCUGCAGCUCAAAAUGUAGCUUUCCUGGCGGGAAAGCCUGGCUCUAAUGUGGUCUUGAGCACGCAAGCCACAUCUCAAGCCUCACAAUUUUCACAAACAUUAUUCAAGCAACAAGCAGCACAAGCAUCUGGCAAACCUCUAAGUGUACAUUUAUUAAACCAAUCUGGAAGCAUUGUAAUUCCCUCACAAACAGUUCUCCAAGGUCAGAAUCCUCAGUUUGUCCAACUGCAGGCUGGAGGACAAAUCCUCACGCAGCAUCCAGGUGGCCACAUCAUAACCAGCCAGGGUCCAGGUGGACAGCUAAUUGCAAAUCAGAUUUUAACAACAAAUCAGAACAUCAACCUUGGGCAAGUCUUGACCUCCCAGGGACCUCCUGGAGCAGCACACAUCCUUUCUGGUCCCAUCCAACUCCAACCUGGUCAGAUGGGCACACCCACCCUCUUUCAGAUGCCUGUCUCUUUGGCUCAAACUCAUAAUCAGGCUCAGACACACACAGUCACAGGCCACGCACAGACAGUUAUACAAGGCAUGCCCAUCCAAAACCCCCUGAUGUUGGGUCAGGUGGAGGGGCUUAGCCCGGCAGUUAGCCUUCAGACAAACGUACAGCCACAAACGGGUGGAGUCCCAAGCAGUGGCAACAGUGGUAGUAUUGCUGCAGGGACAACUGCCCAGGGGCAGCCAGAAUGUGUCACGGUUUUAGGAAGCUCCACAGAGCAGACCUCUCAUCCCACACAGAUCCAUGUACCCCAGCCUUCCGUUGUAGCCAUGCAGCCGACUCCCAGCGCCUCUUCAGCUACUCCCAUACCUUCAUCGUCUCCAUCCAUCUCAGUCUCCACCUCUUCCACCAUGACAACGAUGGGGCUGGUACCCCCUCAAACUCAGCAAAAUCCAGGAAGGCUUGUGUUUACCAACCAGGGAUCCAGCAUGAUAUUAAGCCAGGAGUCUCUACAAAUGUUCCUUCAACAGGAGCUGCAGCAUCAAAAAGAGAAAGAGUCUACCCCCUCUGUGGGAGUGCCAGCAUCUGUAAUCGUCAGCAGCAACCACAUCACUGCUCCAGCCCUUACUGUCCAUGACAGCCAGUUAACAGAGUCUUGGGUCACUCAGAGCCCCUCCCACUUGACAACAGUGGUAAAGCAGGUUCCUUCCUCUGGACAUCAGCAGCCCCUGAAGAUCCAGAACAUGUCACCGGCCUUGCCCACUCAUCCCACAGCACAGCGUGUUUCUGAGAGCCCCCAGCCCUCUCAGUCUCCACUCACUUUAAGUCAACACAUACAGUCCCCACACCAACAACAAUCCAGACCGCCUUCACAACCUCAGCCCCAGAAUCAGACUCCCUCUCGCUCCUGCACGCCCUCUCACCCUCCACUAUUUAUAAUUCACAACCAAAGUGCAGAGUCUCCUCAGCCAACAUCACAGCCACAGACUGCAAUUCAAGUUCAACUUCAAUCCACCGCUCUCUCUGGCCCCCAUCAACAAGAAAUGCCUUUGUCACAGUCCCCAAAACCUCCGUCCGCACAGCAUCAGUUCAGCGCAUCCCCCAUAAACACAGCGGCUAGUGCAGUAGUGAAAGCCCAGGUCCCUGUUUUGGGCCUUUCCACAGAACAGCAGCACCACCUGCAAUUAGUAACAGCGCAGAUCCAGACACUGUCAGCUAUUGCCCAGCCUUCAUCUCAGCAAAAACAACUACUGGAAAAGCUACACCAGGUUCAUCAUAACAUUGUGUUACAGUCAAAGCAGUCCUCUCUGCCUCAAAUUCAGCCUCAAGCCACGACUCAUUUUGGCUCCCAACAAGACGUGCCUCUAGACAAAGUGAUAUCAUCAUCGAAUGCUGGUCUGCCCGGUCAGAUACCCUCAGUGCUGCAGCCAACAUCAGUAGUUGUGAAAACACCUGCAACUGGAGCAAGUGACUUACAGGUAUUCUCAGGAGCCCAAGGACCAGCUGCAGCAAUUAUGAAUCAAACUCCUACUUGCCUUAACCAGCCUGCACAGGUUCAGCCAAAGCCAGGGGUGAUUAGCUCGGUGGGAGGACUGACCCUGGGUAAAGGAGGGGUACAAAUACAAGUUUUAGGAACUAGUCUCACUCAAAUGCCUGCUCCACAACCCCCUGCUGCUGUACAAACCCAUACAACAAUGAAGAUGCCUUUUACUGCAGAGCCUAGCAAGGAAGCAAGGUUGCUAGAACAACUAAGAAAACAACAGGGUUCAGUGCUUCACCCAAACUACAGUGCUCCUUUUAACACAUUUGAGGACACACUGCAUAGACUACUGCCUUAUCAUCUCUACCAAGGAAAUGUACACUCCUCUGAGGAUUAUGAAAAAGUGGAUGAAGAAUUUGAAAGGGUAUCGUCCAUGCUUCAGAAGCGGACACAGGCUAUGGUGGAUAAAUACAGGCAUUUGCUUUUCUCAGAAUCCAAGCAAAGACUGGGCCCCUCUGCUGAGAUGGUGAUGAUUGACCGCAUGUUCAUACAAGAGGAGAAGGUUGCAAUAAGUCAAGAUAGAAUUUUGGCAAAAGAGAGACCAGAGGAGUUCUUGGCCAAUGUGCGCAAAUGGGAGAGUGCAGCUAUUUCCUCAAAGAAGUCUUCUCCUUCCUCUGAAGCCACGUCAGGAAGUCAAGAGGCUGCUGCUUCUCUUGCUUCAGUUCCUGCCUCUGCUCCUUCACCAAAUGUGACCCCAACACCUCCUACUCCCUCGGCUUCUGCCCCUCUGCCUGUCCCUCCCCCUGUUCCUCCUCCUGCUGUUUCGGCACCACCCCCUAUCCCUCCUAUUUCAGUACCAGCCCCAGCUCCUAUCCCCACUACUCGUGCUGCAGCGCCCCCUCCUGUUUCUGUGCCCUCUGCCUCUCCUUUUCCUCCAACCAAACUGGUCAUAAAACAGGGAGGAGGUGGAGCCUCAGUGUCCUGGUCCAGUAGUUGCCCCACACCUCCCAUUGACUCUACAAAAUCCACGUCAGAGCCCAUGGUGACUCCAAGCUCUUCCCUUAGUCGUGCCUCUGCUGCUUCAUCCUCACAUUUUUCUUCUCCUUCUCCAUUCAACUCUAAAGCAUCUGAUGACGAUGACACUUUACUGCAGCGGACUAGCAAACCACCCAUAAAGACCUACGAGGCUCGCAGGAGGAUCGGCUUGAAGCUCAAAAUCAAGCAGGAUCAGGCAGGCUUCAGUAAGGUGGUCCACAACACUGCCCUAGAUCCUGUGCAUACACCUCAACCUCAGCACAGUAGUCAGUCCACACAGCCAUCCUCAAAUAAGCCAAACUCUUCUGUACCAGACCCAAAAGGCCCUCCCUCCACCUCUGUGACCACUGUCAUUCGGACUCAGACUCCUGUUUGCACUAGUAGUUCCUCCACAUAUGUCCCUUCAGUAAGCACAGCUCAGUCUAACCCA